UCUAUAUAUCCUCUCAAAUCCGGAGCCGAAACCCAACAAGACAUAGAUCGAUGUAUCAAAUGAAAAUGUCAUUCCUACUGUUUCUCUUUGUCCAUCUUCCUUUUGUCUUGGCCGACCUACACGUAGGUUUCUAUAGAUCUAGCUGCCCGCAAGCAGAAUCAAUUGUGCAACAAGUAGUGCAAAAUGAAUUCUGUAGAGAUCCAUCGAUAAUCGCAGCCUUGCUUCGCAUGCAUUUUCAUGAUUGUUUUGUCAGAGGUUGUGAUGCAUCUAUACUAAUAGACUCCACCAGUAAGAAGGCAUCGGAGAAAGAUGCUGGGCCAAACCAGACUGUAAGAGGAUAUGAAGUUAUUGAUAACGCCAAGAAAAGAUUAGAGGCUGCAUGCCCUUCAACCGUUUCUUGCGCAGAUAUUCUUACUUUGGCGACCCGUGACGCUGUUGCUCUUGCUGGAGGCCCCAAUUAUACUUUGCCAACCGGAAGGCGCGAUGGGCUUGUUUCGAAUCCUGAAGACGUGUUGUUGCCGUGGCCAGGAAUUUCUGUUCCUGAGGCAUUGCAAUUUUUUACUGCCAAAGGGAUGGCUCUCAAUGACAUGGUGACCCUUUUAGGUGCCCACAGUGUGGGAGUAGCACAUUGCUUCUUCUUUGACUAUAGGCUUUCCAACUAUCAAGCCUCUGGGGCUCCUGAUCCUUCAAUGGAUCCUGCUUUGGUUGCAAAACUCAACAUCACCUGCGCCAGGAAUGAGGAUGCUACUGCAUUUUUGGACCAGAGCACGUCCUUUGCCAUGGACAAUCGCUACUUUCAGCAAAUUCUUUUGAGGAAAGGUAUACUACAGAUUGAUCAGGAACUUGCUUUCGAUAAUUCUACGGCUGGUAUUGUUUCGGGUUUUGCAUCGGAUCGGAUCGUAUUCCAACGGAGCUUUGCAAAAGCUAUGAGAAAGUUGGGGAGCAUCCAAGUUCUCGUUGGAAAUGCUGGAGAAAUUCGGAACAACUGCAGAGUUUUCAAUACGGCCAAGAAAAGCAGAGAAAUUAGAGCCUUUUAACAACUUAUAAUAUCCUUUUCUUUCUUUUUUAACCGCAUUCACGGACUCUUUUAUAUAUAUAUAUAUAAACAAAUUCACCAAAACCACCUCCUUGCCCUUAACAUUCAUUUUUGAAUGUGUUUCAUUUAGACUUAAUUAAUACUUUUUAUGUUUUGAAUUUGUGUUUUUAAUGUUUGCUAGAUUUGUAAUUUAUGUUUUUAUAUUUGCUGGAUUUGUAAUGUUGUCUGAUUUACAUUUGAACAACCGCCCUUUGUAAUUUAUAUGUUUGUAUUUUCUGGAUAAA